AUGGAUAUUAUUACAGAUGCGGGCCUUUCUGGUGCCAAACCUGCUACAACUCCUUUACCUAAAGGCUUCAAGUUUUGUUCUACUAAGGAUACUUUAUUUGCUAAUCCUGAUCAAUAUCGCAGAUUGCAACUCAGUCAACAUGUUCAACGUCCCUACACUCAUCAUUGGGAAGCUGCUGUUCAUGUUCUUCGUUACUUGAAGGGUUGUCCUUCUAAAGGCUUGUUUUUCCCUGCAAAUAGCUCUUUUCGUUUAGAAGCAUUUUGUGAUGCAGAUUUGGCUUCUUGUCUAACUACCAGAAAGUCUUUAACUGGUUAUUGUGUUUAUCUUGGUUAUUCUCUCAUCUCUUGGAAAACCAAGAAACAGACCACUGUCUCCAGAUCUUCUACUGAAGCUGAAUAUCGCAGACUUGCCUAUACUGCUAUUGCUAAAGAUAAAUCCGAAACUUAA